AUGGCACCUAUUUCACUCUCAGAUAUCAUCUCUGCGCUCCCAUCAGAGGACUCAUGGGGACCAUCGACCACAUCAGAAACCACAUUAAAUGGAGUUCCUUACGCCCCAUACUCCAAAGGCGAUAAAUUAGGUCGCAUGGCAGAUUGGACCGCUGAAGGAAAAGAUGGAAGAGAUGGCAGAGGUGGAAGACAGCAGUACAACCGAAACUACAGAGAUCAACAAGUUUACGGCGCUGGAACCUCCUCAUUGUUCGCAGUUCAGCUCGCCGAGGACGAAUCUACCUUCUCUGUUGUCAGCAACACCCGCGAUUCUACCAAGACCCGCUUUGGACGUGGAGGACUCGCUCGUGGACGUGGACAACGUGGCGGAAGAGGUGAUACCCGUGGUGGUAGAGGUCAAUUCCAGCGAGUUGGAGGACGAGGCGGGCAACAAGGCUACAACAGUUAUGAUACCCGCGGUGGAAGAGGUGGUGCUCGAGGUGGAAGAAAGUUUGGCUGGAAAGAUUACGACAAGCCACAAAGAAAUCGCGAUGCCUCUGUUAACAUCAAGCCUGACUGGAAAAUGUUGGAGGAGAUUGAUUUCAACCGUCUGGCCAAGCUUAAUCUUGAUACCGAUGACGGAGAAGACAUUGACAGUUAUGGUUUCCUUUACUACUACGAUCGAUCGUUCGACAAGCAACCUGUCAAGGCUGCCGAGAGAAAGCUCAACGUGGUCGACCGCGCUUCAUACAACGUUACUACAUCUUCAGAUCCCGUCAUUCAAGAACUCGCCGAGAAGGAUGAGGCCACAAUUUUCGCAACAGACAGCAUUCUUUCCAUGCUUAUGUGCUCCCCUCGUUCAGUUUAUCCUUGGGAUAUCGUUAUUGUUCGACAAGGCAACAAAGUGUUCCUCGACAAGAGAGACAAUGCUACCCUCGAUAUGGUUACCGUUAAUGAGAACGCUGCUGACGCUCCAAUGGAUGCUUCAGAAGGUAGCAAGGACGCUAUUAACCAGCCAAGUGCUUUGGCUGAGGAAGCUACAUACAUCAACCACAACUUUGCAAAUCAAGUCAUGAAGGAGAGCGACAGCCAAAAAGUAGAAAUGGAGAACGAGAACCCAUUCUAUAACUCUGCCGAAGAGACCGACCCACCUGCCAGUAAGGCAUACAAAUACCGUAAAUUUGAUCUUUCUUUGAACGACGAAGAUCCAGUUCACUUGGUUGUAAGAACCGAGCUUGACGCUGUUUCAAAGAACGCCAUCAGUGGAGAAGAUCAAUUCUUGACUGUCAAGGCUCUUAACGAAUUCGAUUCCAAGGCACAAGGAAGUGGAGGUGCGUUGGACUGGAGGACGAAGUUGGUCAGUCAACGUGGUGCUGUUGUUGCAACCGAAAUGAAGAACAACAGCUGCAAGCUUGCAAGAUGGACAGUUCAAAGUAUCAUCGCUAAGGCUGAUGUCAUGAAGCUUGGAUUUGUUUCCCGUGCCAACCCAAAGCUCAACGAUCGUCAUGUAGUCCUGGGCGUUAUUGGCUGGAAGCCACGUGAUUUUGCUUCGCAAAUGAACUUGUCUCUAUCCAAUGGAUGGGGUAUUGUUCGUACCAUUGUCGAUAUGUGCUUGAAGCGUGAAGAGGGCAAGUACGUACUUGUCAAAGAUCCUAACAAGCCAAUCCUGAGACUGUACCAAGUCCCAGCUGGUAGUUUUGAGGAUGAUGGAGAGCAUGAUGUAAUUGAGGAGAAUGCUGAGGAGGAUGAUUAG